CCUUCUCCGUCAUCCUUCCUCUGACUGCACUCAGUGUACUGCUGCCACAACCUGCGGCACAGGUCGUGGUGUUUUCCAAGUAAACACUCAAUCAAUCGUGCCAAUCAGUUGGCCAUGUGCUCCCGUACUUUGACGUAUGCCGAAUACAAGAGCCAGGGGCAGUCGAAAUAUGUAUGCCGUCGCGGAGAGAGAGAGGGGGAGAGAGAGAGGGAGAGAGAGGGAGAGAGAAAGUAGGUGACAGGUACGGGCCGCCGCCCGCCUGCGGGCACAACCCAAACGUGCCUCCUAAUGUUUUGUCAUUUUGAAAUCUGCAAGCCGUCUUUUGCCAUUGCUCGGUCAGUUUAGCCUCCUUGACUACUGAUCUUGAGCCGGAUACACCGCGCCUCGUGUGCGGUCGUAUGAGACAAGAUCGACCCCCAGACAAUGCUUUUUGAGUGCGUAACCUUUAUUGUUGAAGUGAAGGCUUGCGUAAUUUAUCUGUUGUCACAUCUUUUUCCUCCCGCUGGUCCUGGACUUGGACUUGGACCUGGAAAAAAAGUCUUUUCCCUCUCCGUUGAUGCAAUGAUCCAUUCCGUUCAGUUGUCGCAUUGUCUGGCUUUCUAUCUAGAAAGAAGACCUCAUAGCAAAUUGAAAAAGAAAACCUUUGUUCCUCAGUCCCAUACACCCGCCGUAUCUGACCGUAGCCAUAUCGAACCAAGCUCGUUCUCUCAUUCCCCAGCCAGCUAUGACGCUGGUUGCUAA